GAAUAAUAGUCAAACCUUCAUAGAUUUUAGACAUGCCUCCAAUUUAAAUAAGAUAGUUACGUGGUGCAAAUCUCAUCGAAAAAAGCCAUGCUUUUCAAAGCCAACUUUGAAAAAGCAUAUGUUUCUAUUCGUUAGAAUUUUCUAGAUUAAGCACUUCGUAAAAUAGGUUUUGCUACCAAACGGAGAGGUUGGAUUCAAGGUUGCUUAACCUCUUCCAUGGGUCAGUUUUGAUAAAUGAUUCUCUGACUAUGGAAUUUCAAAUUAGUAAAGGAUUGCACCAAGGUGAUCCACUUUCUCAUUUUCUUUUCAUUGUGGUGUUGGAAGCCCUUCAUGUAGCUAUCCAACAAGAUUCCUCUAUAGAUGUGUUUAGUGACUUCUUCAUAUGUAGCUCGUUUAUGGAUAUUUCCAAUCUUUUCUGUGCUGACGACACCAUUUUCAGGAGUUUUUGGGCGAUAUCUCAAAUUGACAAAUAAACGCUGAGGGGGACAAAUUUUAAAACUAAACCAACAUUUAACUGAAACUCGUCUCCAACCUCUGCAAAACCCUAGACCUUCAUCAAUGGCGGAGGAGACGGCGUCAAUGAGUAUCUACCGAGCUUCGAGGACGAUUAAGCGAAGACAGAGCUCUUUAUACAAUUCCCUACGGUCGAUUCACGAGGACUCGAUCUUUGUCUCCGAGAUAGCUCAGCUAUGGCCUGAGCUACCACUUGUAGCGAACCUGCGUUGCGGACUCUGGUACGCAAAAAAAUUCCAUUCCAAUUGUUACUUCAAAUCAACAGAUGGCCACACAAACAACUUGUCGUUCAAUACUUCUCGCCUCAACCUCCAUGUCGCAAUUCUCGCAGGACAGAAGGGAGGCUGUAUGAUAGUUGAUUCUACUCGUAAAGGCAAGAGAUUUCCAGACAGCAUGUCAAAAACAAUACCAAUUUGGACUUGUGUGUUGAAUCGUGCAAUUCAGAACUACAGAAACAAAAUCAAUAAACCAAUCGAUGAAUUGAGCUCUUCUUCUCAUUGGGAUUCAUCUUUACAUCUUCCUCUAUGGGUACCUGAUACAGAGAAAUCAAGGAUAGAAUCUAACAUAAACAAAUGGGUUAACCAAUUGGAAGAAAGUGGAGCUGAUAUUUCUUCUAUCUCAUCUUUACUAAAAAAACCUCUAAGACCUCUUUGGAUCUCACAAAAAACCAUUAUAUGGUUAAACGAAGUUCCUGAUUACAAUUCCUGGGAUUUCACACCAAUAAUUCUCAUUUCUUCAUCUGCUUCAAGUGAUAUAUAUCGACAAAAAACAAGCUCUGAGUUUAGCUGGAAUUACAUAGCAGGAGCUGGAGAUGAUGAAGAGAGUUGGGCAAGAGGGUUAACACCAUUAUUAUUUUGGAAUAAUGUUUAUGAUUUAAUUAAUUCAGGACCUGAUUUGUGUAACCAAAAGGUGGCUGAUUUUGUUGAAAAAGAUAGGGUUUAUCGUGCUCAAAGGGGUCAUAAUGCUCCUCAGGUUUCCAUUAAACCUACAAAAAUGGAGAUCAAAAGUUCAUCUCAUUUUCAAGAUCAAUCUUUAGAAAUCAUCAUGGAGAAUGGUGAUACUGGACAUUUGAUAUACUGGUUGGGUUUGACAAAUCUUGCAGUGUGUGCAACUGGAUAUGAUUUUAAGGCAUUUGAUGUGGAUUGUGUAUUGAAUUGUGAUCAAAAUAAGGUUUUUUGUACACUUGAGGAUUCUAAAGCCCAUUUGCAUCUGCCUAUUAUGAGCUCAAAAUUUGAUAGAUUUUCUCUUCUAAAAAAUCUUCCUUCCGCAUUACAUUUCGCCAAGCUUCACCUCAAAAGAGGAAAAAGGCUUGCAGUCUGCUGUAACAAUGGGGAAGAUAUCAGUGUUUGUGUUUGCUUGGCUAUACUGAUUUCAUUAUUCAAUGUUGAAGGUGUUUAUGAUGAUGGGAAAUCGUUCAAGGAGAAACAAAUAACAAAGUUAGAUAUGAGACAACGAUUGAUAUUUGUGUGUAAAUAUGCGGUAAAUGCUAGGCCAUCAAGAGGCAACUUAAAGCAAGUAUUUAACUUCCUUGCUGGUCAAACAGUGAACUGGAACCGAGACUGAUGUCAAAUCAGACAAAAAAAUAUAACUUUUGUGUACCACCCAGAAAGGUGGGAUGAAAACCUGUUUCUAUAUAAAAAGACGUGAAUAUCCUUCUCAUUUUUAUCAUAUAAAAAAUAAUUCAAAUUUUUUGUCUAGUAGACAUGUCAUUGUAAGCCCUCCUAAUUUAUCAAAAAAACAAAUGAUGAACAGUUUGUUACACC